AUGUCGGCCUCUCCUCCAGAAACGCUCCACGGUGUCUCCGCAAUCACGGACGACAACCUCGAGCAAAACAUUCCGGACCACCUUCAACAGUUAGAAGAUGAAUGGCAAGACGACCCAGCUAACCCCAGGAAUUGGACUCCGGCCAAAAAAUGGACGGCCAUUGUAAUCCUUGCGCUCUACACGUUUGUGACUCCGAUAGCAAGUUCUAUUAUGGCACCUAGUUUGCCAGACCUGGCCAUAAAAUAUGGCAUAACAGAUCCGACAGUCACAGCGUUGACUCUCAGCAUCUUUCUUUUGUCAUUCGCUAUUGGCCCUUUAUUUGCCGCACCCUUGACCGAAGUAUAUGGUCGUGUGUGGACCAGUGGAACCGCCUGCCUGAAUCAGUUCAAGGUCCUCCACUUAUCGAACCUCUUAUUCCUCGCGUUUAAUCUCGGCUGUGCUUUUGCACCCAAUACUUCAUCUUUUCUCGCCUUUCGGUUUCUAACUGGUUUCGUGGGGAGUGCACCCAUCGCAUGCGGCGGAGGCGUCGUUAGCGACCUCUUCUCCGAAUACGAUCGUGCCUCCGCGAUGUCAGUAUACUAUGUCGGACCCUUAAUAGGUCCUGUCAUUGGGCCCGUCAUGGGAGGCUUCAUCGCAGAGUCGGUCGGCAUACAAUAUGAUUUCUAUGUCGCCGCCGCGAUCUGUGGUGUCGCAGCAGUGAUCGGCAUUCCUUUUUUAAGAGAAUCUUAUGCUCCAGUAAUCAGGCUUCGUCGUCAAAAAACGACAAGAGAUCUCGAAAAGGCAGCUGGGAUACAUCCUGACCUCACCGCACCCCACAUGAAUAAAUGGGUUUAUUUGUGGAUCAACCUCAAACGACCCGUUAUACUUUUCACCCGGAGUUUUAUAUGCUUCAUCCUCAGCUUAUACGUGGCUCUGAUUUAUGGUAUCUACUACUUAAUGUUUGCCACGUUCCCAACUCUCUUUUCGGAAGUAUACCACUUCAGUAUCGGAAUCGGAGGUCUGGCAUACAUUGGACUUGGCGUUGGAUUCAUAUCCGCCGCCAUCUUUGGCGCCAAACUUUCUAACAAGAUAUACUCACACCUUUCUGCAAAAAACGGAGGAGUUGGUAAGCCAGAGAUGCGCAUACCCACUCUGAUAUUUGGUUCGUUGUUCGCCCCAGUGGGACUACUUUGGUAUGGCUGGUCUGCGCAGGCCGAGAUCAACUUCAUUAUGCCCAUCAUCGGUACUGCUAUCUUUUCGUUCGGAUUAAUGGCAACCUUGUGGAUACAUUUACCUAUGCUGCAAGUGCAACCGCAGCAGCUUCUUACUUGGUUAGGGGGAGGCAACUCCCUUCUUGCAGGUCUUGCUAUCGUCAUCGGCAUACCAUUUCCCAUCUGGAUAUAUUAUGCUGGCGAACAUCGUUCAGCCCAAACGAUUUCAAAGGCACUGCACAUAAAGUAG